CCUUUUGAAUGUUCCAAGUGUGGAAAAAGAUUCAGUAACAGGGGCAAUCUUCAAAAGCAUCAAAGAACACACACAGGAGAGAAACCUUUUGAAUGCUUGGAGUGUGGAAAGAGAUUCAGUCAGAGUGGCACUCUUCAAGACCAUCAAAGAAGUCACACAGGGGAGAGACCUUUUGAAUGCUUUGAGUGUGGAAACAGAUUCAGUCGCAGUGGCCAUCUUCAAGCUCAUCAAAGAACCCACACAGGAGAGAAACCUUUUGCAUGUUCAGAGUGUGGAAAGAAAUUCAGUCAAAGAACUCAUCUUAAACAGCAUCAAAGAACCCACACAGGGGAGAAACCUUUUGAAUGCUCGGAGUGUGGAAAAAGAUUCAGUCGCAGUGGCCAUCUUCAAAGGCAUGAAAGAACCCACACAGGGGAGAAACCUUUUGAAUGUUCAGAGUGUGGAAAGAGAUUCAAUCGCAGUGACAAUCUUCAAAAGCAUGAAAGAACCCACACAGGGGAGAAACCUUUUGAAUGCUCUGAGUGUGGAAAGAGAUUCAGUUGCAGUGGCAGUCUUCAAGAGCAUCAAAGAAUCCACACAGGGGAAAGACGUUUUCAAUGCUCUGAGUGUGGAAAGAGAUUCAGUCGCAGUGACAAUUUUCAAGAGCAUCAAAGAACCCACACAGGGGAGAAACCUUUUGAAUGCUCGGAGUGUGGAAAGAGAUUCAGUCGCAGUGGCAAUCUUCAACAGCAUAUAAGAAACCACACAGGGGAGAAACCUUUUGAAUGCUUUGAGUGUAGAAAGAGAUUCAGUCGCAGUGGCAGUCUUCAAGAGCAUCAAAGAACCCACACAGGGGAGAGACCUUUUCAAUGCUCUGAGUGUGGGCAGAGAUUCAGUCGCAGUGGCCUUCUUCAAAAGCAUCAAAGAAUCCACACAGGGGAGAAACCUUUCGAAUGCUCCGAGUGUGGAAAGAGAUUCAGUGUCAGUAGUAAUCUUCAAAAGCAUCAAAGAACCCAUACGGGGGAGAAACCUUUUGAAUGUUCGGAGUGUGGAAACAGAUUUAGUCGCAGUGACCAUCUUCAAGCGCAUCAAAGAACCCACACAGGGGAGAAACCUUUUGAAUGUUCGGAGUGUGGAAACAGAUUCAGUCGCAGUGACCAUCUUCAAGCGCAUCAAAGAACCCACACAGGAGUGAAACCUUUUGCAUGUUCAGAGUGUGGAAAAAUAUUCAGUCAAAGAAGUCAUCUUAAACAGCAUCAAAGAACCCACACAGGGGAGAAACAUUUGGAAUACUCAGAGUGUGGAAAGAGAUUCAGUCACAGUGGCAAGCUUCAAAGGCAUCAAAGAGCCCACACAGGGGAG